CAUCCGGUUCUUCAGUGUCAUAUGACCAGCGCUCUGCUGUCAUUUAUGAUAUUCAGCACAAGUUAGCAGAACAAAUCAACAAACGUUAGCUUUCUCAGGGUUUCUUUUCUUUACCCGACGAUGGCAACAUUGGUGGCAAACAGGGCGAUGGAUGUCAACGGCUUGGCAGCAGCUGCGAGGACACAUACCCAGGCUGUGACCAGAAAUUACAUCUCUCAACCCAGGCUAACCUACUCUACCGUGUCAGGUGUAAAUGGUCCCCUGGUGAUCCUGGAUAAUGUGAAGUUCCCCAGAUACGCUGAGAUUGUUCACCUGACCUUGCCGGAUGGCACUAGGAGGAGUGGGCAGGUUCUGGAGGUGAUUGGAAGCAAGGCAGUUGUCCAGGUGUUUGAGGGAACAUCAGGCAUCGAUGCCAAGAAGACAGCCUGUGAGUUCACUGGUGACAUCCUGCGUACCCCAGUGUCAGAGGACAUGCUGGGGCGUGUGUUCAACGGCUCUGGCAAACCCAUUGACCGUGGGCCCAAUGUUCUGGCUGAGGACUACCUGGACAUCAUGGGUCAGCCCAUCAAUCCUCAGUGCCGUAUCUACCCCGAGGAGAUGAUCCAGACCGGCAUCUCAGCCAUCGAUGGCAUGAACAGCAUUGCCAGAGGACAGAAGAUCCCAAUUUUUUCUGCUGCUGGGCUGCCCCACAACGAGAUUGCUGCCCAGAUCUGUCGCCAGGCUGGCCUGGUCCAGAAAUCCAAGGAUGUGAUGGACUACAGUGCUGAGAACUUUGCCAUUGUCUUCGCAGCCAUGGGGGUCAACAUGGAAACUGCCCGCUUCUUCAAGUCUGAUUUUGAGGAGAAUGGCUCCAUGGACAACGUCUGCCUUUUCCUGAACCUGGCCAAUGACCCCACCAUCGAGCGUAUCAUCACCCCUCGCCUGGCGCUGACUUCAGCAGAGUACCUGGCCUACCAGUGUGAGAAGCACGUCCUGGUCAUCUUGACUGACAUGAGCUCCUACGCUGAGGCUCUGAGAGAGGUAUCUGCUGCCCGAGAGGAAGUGCCCGGUCGUCGAGGCUUUCCUGGCUACAUGUACACUGAUCUGGCCACCAUCUACGAACGUGCCGGCCGAGUGGAGGGCAGAAACGGCUCCAUCACCCAGAUCCCCAUUCUCACCAUGCCCAAUGAUGACAUCACCCAUCCAAUUCCUGAUCUGACUGGAUACAUCACAGAGGGUCAGGUCUACGUUGACAGACAGCUGCACAACAGACAGAUCUACCCACCCAUCAAUGUGUUGCCCUCAUUGUCCCGUCUGAUGAAGUCAGCCAUCGGUGAGGGGAUGACCAGGAAGGACCAUGCUGAUGUUUCUAACCAGCUGUAUGCCUGUUAUGCCAUUGGUAAGGACGUCCAGGCUAUGAAGGCUGUGGUGGGAGAAGAGGCCCUCACCUCUGAUGAUCUGCUCUACCUUGAGUUCCUACAGAAGUUUGAGAAGAACUUCAUUGCUCAGGGCCCGUACGACAACAGGACAGUGUAUGAAACCCUGGACAUUGGCUGGCAGCUGCUGCGAAUUUUCCCCAAGGAGAUGCUCAAGAGGAUUCCUCAGAGCACCCUGGCCGAGUUUUACCCCAGGGAGUCUGCCGCCCGUCACUGAGGCACACUAAAGGAUGCUCUGGUUCUGGCCCCACUCACCUUUCUGCUCACCAUCCUCCUUUCCCUUGAUUCCUUUCUUUCAUCUCAUCCUACAGCCCUGCACAUCAAGGGGCACGGAGACUGAUGUUGUAGAGCUUUCACCUAUCCCAAACCACACCUCCUCUUUCUCCACCGUUCUGAUUACCUCCAGUUCAUCUUCUUCUCAUGAAUCAACUCACCCCAACACCACCCCAAAUUUCCUCCCCUGAAUGAGAACGGGGCAAUAAUCUCCCCCUUCUGUAGAUGUACUGUAGCGUUUAUGUGUCCAGAAGUUGUUUAUGGAAAGUGUCUGUGGUUGUAAUGUCUUGAUUGCAAAAAUGUGAACAUAUCCUUGAAAUUAUAGAUUAGUCCUCGUAUAUUAGGGUGUUACAGCUGGACCCUGCUCUUCUUUUCUUUUUAAUUAAAUGCUAUGUAAUAUCUAUUUCCCACUAAAGAGGUUUUCAUCUGAAGAAAAAUGUGUAUAUAUAGGGGGGUUGUCAAAAUAACAAAUGCCCUAAAAUACAGUACCCCUGUAGCCAGUUAGGUGAAGGUCAUAAAGUUGGGUUUUUAUUGAGACUGUCAGAAAUGUUGAUUCAACUUGAUUGUCAUUUUCUAAACUAAAAGGCACACUUUGAAUGAAUAUUUGCUGAACACAAACUCACAGCUUCACAAACUGAACAUCAUAAAUGUCACCAUAUUAAUAUUUACCUGAGGGGGUAAAUAUUAAUAGUGUGUAAAAGUGUUUCUCCUAUUUUGUCCACUCCCUAUGUAUUGGUUAAUAAUAGGCUGCUGUAUUUUUUUCAAGUUGGCUAUUACUCAAAUUUUCUCAUGUCACCAUUCUCAACAUGCUGAGGACAGCACCCUUAGUAAACAGACAAACUUGCGCCACAAGCAGAGCUCAGGUGUUUACUGUAUGUUGCCCCCGGUACUUUGACUCUUUCUUCCCUCUUUUGGACCCUCUUGCUUCCUCCACCUAUUCUGGGAAGAAUACAGUGGAUGUUUACAUUAUUUAUAUUUUGCUGUUUGAUUUGUGUUGUGAAAGAUGAGUAUGUAAGAGUAAAUUAAACAUUCCCAUCUGUCUGCAAAAACAAAUUCUUUGUUGUGCAACAAUAAUGGUUUUGUGAGUUUGUGUCCAUGAAUAAAUAUAAUUAUAUGAA